CUUAGAUACUAUCGCUGGAGUCUAUUUGGUUUGAGUUCAUUGCCAAUUGAGCUGCCUGCUACACCUAAGUGCGGCACUACGUUCACAUCUGCAUUAUAUACCUGAAUCUCAUUCAAAUACAACCACAACACAAUCAUCAAAAAUGCCCGCACACCUGGGCCACGAGGAGUUCUUCACCUCCCUCACCACCCUCCUAAGCACCACAUCCCAAAAAACCCGCGGAUCCGUUUACCUCACCCAGAAGCCUCUCCUCGACUCUACCAACACCCAGUCCCAACCAUCCAUCCUCAUCCGCGCGACAGACGGCAACACCAACGCCCCGAACCCCAAGACGGCAGAGGCCAAGAAGAAGGUAGCGAAGGCGACAUCAGCAUCGAAAGUGAAGAUUUCGACGGUCGUGAGCCCUGAUGAUCUGGAGGCGUUCUAUGCGCGGUAUGCGGAGGUGUGUAAGGCUGGGAUGACGGGGUUGAAGAAGAGGGAUCGGAAGAAGGGCAAGGCGAAGGGGAAGAAGGAGGGUGGGAAGGUUGUUAAGGGGUGAUUUAUUGUUUCUUUUGGGGGAGGGGUGGUGUGAUGCAUUAUGGGCGUUAGUGGGAUGAUUUUAUUCUAUUAUACGUACUUUUAUUUGUUAUAUGGGAACAUUAUGCUUCGAUGUAUAUGUGUUGAGUAGAUAGGUUGAAUGGGAUGGUCAGUCUCGGCUGAAGAUAUAGUAUCAG